AAUCAUUUCAACAGGAUACCGGGGAGGAAGAGACACGCUUGUGCGAGAGACACGGUGUACGUUCACCCCACAGUUCAACAUGCUGCGAAGGAAGCCCUCCAACGCUUCGGACAAGGAGCAGGUGCAGAAGAAGAAGCUCUCUCUUCAGAGGUCCAGCAGCUUCAAGGACUUCAUGAAACACAAGCCCUCCUCCCCCGUGGUGGACAAGGAAGGUCCCCUGGAUGAGAGCAUCCUGGAGGCGGAUGGCCAUCAUCCGGAGGAGAGUGGGAAGAGCAGUGGAAAGCUGGGAAAGAAGUGGAGAGCUGUGAUAUCCCGUACCAUGACCCGGAAAACUUCCAAGAUGGUCCAGAAAGCGCUGGCGGAGGAAGGGGUGGAGAGUGGAGAAGAAGGCUCCAUGUCUCCGAUGUCGGAAGGCCUGCCGGACUUGCGGAUGGCCGAGAGGACGUCUCAGUGCUCCUUCGACUCGGAGGAGGCUGUGCCCAGCCCUUUGAGUCGCCAGCUCUCUGGAUGUGGAGACAGGCACAGCGUGGACAGUGGCUGCAGUAAUCGAGAUAGCAUGAGACUGGAGGAUAACUACACGGGCCCGUUCUGUGGUCGUGCCCGCGUGCACACAGACUUCACACCCAGCCCUUACGAUAUCGAAUCUCUCAAGCUUAAGAAAGGAGACAUUAUUGACAUCAUAGAGAAGCCCCCCAUGGGCACCUGGACGGGCAAGCUGAACAACAAAGUCGGCUCCUUCAAGUUCAUCUACGUGGAGAUCCUGCCCGAGGAGUCCACCCCGCCCCGGAGGAAGAAGUGCCACAGCCAGAACCGGCGGGCCAAGCCCAGGACCCUGGAGGAGGUCCUGGAGAGAAUCAGCCUGAUGGAGCUCAGCUCUCUCCUGUCCAUGCACGGUUUCCAGAGCCUGGAUGACUUCAAGGAGCUGCGGGAGUCUCACCUCAACGAGCUGAACAUCACCGACCCCGAGCACCGCGCCAAACUCCUCAAGAUCCACAACGAUUACGACAGUGAGAGCGAGCCGGAGGACGGGAGCGAGGAGAGCCGGUCCCAGAAUUCCGAGGAGAAAACGGACAUCCCCCGGGACUCGGGCUGCUUCGAGAGCUCCGAGAACCUGGAGAACGGGCGCGAGGAGCCGGAGCCCGAGCUCAGCGCCCUGGAGGAGCAGCUGCGGGGCCUGGCGGUGGGGGAGGAGUCCUGAGGGAGCAGGCGAGAGCCAGCCCGGCCCCCCGCCACCUCCUUCCGGAACCACGCCGCCCUUCUUCCUCUGCAGAGCAGCCCCCAGGGGCCCCACCGGCCCCCCCGACUCCAAGCCAAGCACCCCGAGACUCGACCUCCACACAUGGAUUUACUGGCAUUACAAACUCGCACGUUCUUCGGCUCGCUUCGGUGCGUGUUUCGUUUAAAACCUCCUGCUGGGAAAGGUUUCAGGGCAUCUUUGGAAAUGAAGCCGCCGUUCCAGUUUGAACUACUGGACCACAGCGCUCCGAAGGUGAAUACUGAGCAAAGACCUGGCUUUCUGAUGUCUUCAGGCGAGAAGUGCUCUGCUAAUGGAAGUACUACCAAGCAACUGAGGAACUCUUUUUUUAUAUUGAAUUAAGAACAGUAGAUAGUUUUCCAGUGACAGACGCCCAUCGUGUCUUUACAUUUUCUGAGGAGAUGGUUCUGUACAUUAGGCUUGUUGUGAGGGCCUCCCCGCAAAGCCUGGGUUCUGUGAGCACGGGUUCGAGCCUGGGUCGCGUCACUGGCCCGCGGUGACCCGGAUUGCUGGAGUGGAGGCUCACGCGAGGGGGCGCUCGGCGAUCUCCGCCCCCUUCCUGGGCGCCCGCGGGCGAGGGACGCGCCGCCCCUCCGAUCGGCGCUGAACCUCCUGCAGGGGCCAUGCUGCCCGUGACGUGUCAGAGGGGGCGUGGCUGCAGGGUGGGCGGGGCGGAGGAGCCCGUCUGCACUUCCUCUUCCUCCCGUGUCACGUGGAUACAAGGAAAAAUAAUUGGCGAUUCUCAAAGCUAUAUAUAUAUAAAAAGAUCGUUGUCCUUUACAGAUAGAUGGUGGCUAACACUAAAGUCAGAAGAUCUCUAUCUGACUGCAGGUGAAAGCUCCGUGGGCGAGGUGAAUUUGUGUAGAACCAGACUGUUUUUUGGAUGAUCGCAAGUAGUAAUGACACAGAAAUAGAUUGUAGCAUACUGACCUCGAAUGGUAAAGUACAUCUCAAAUGUUUUUUCCUGGAAAGGAAAAGGUGUAGAUUUUUUUUUUCAUUUAUAGUCAAACUGGUACCAAUUUUUAUACAUAUUCUAAUUUUAAAAACCGUUAUCUACAAUGAAAAGCAUUUGAUGAGCUUCAAAUCUCGUACAUUCAAUUGUAGUGUUUUACUGUCAUUAUUUGCUCUUAGUCGUUUCGUAUUUUUCUGUUUAUUCUUUCCUGAUGAUAAUUUUUUUCAUUCCAACUCUUUUGACUGUAAACUCUUUUAAAAAAAA